GGAAUAGCUUGAGCUUGAAUUAAUGUUAGAACAACCGAUAGAUAAUGGAGGAAUCACAACAACUAGUUGAAGAAGAGGACGAUCAUCUGGAGAAAGGGUUGUUAUUAUCAUCCCACCAACAACAGCAAGACAUAGAAGAAGAGGAGGUGAUAGUGUAUUCUGCCUGCCUCCAAGGACAAGAAACUGAAGAAGCUUUUAUAAAGCUCAAGACAGCAGAAUGGAUACUCUACUCGUUACUCAUGAUAUUGGCUUGGGGUUUUGGUUUGCUGAUGCUCCUGUACACCCCCCUCCGCCGUUACAUCCUCCGCCGUACCUUCCGUUCCCGGAAGCUCUAUCUCACCCCCGAUUCCAUCGUCUACAAAAUUACUAAGCCACUCCCCUUCCCUUGUUUUGGUGUUCUCAACACAGAGAAACAUGUCUUGCUGGCUUCUGUUUCUGAUGUUGUCAUUCACCAAGGGUAUCUGCAGUCUCGUUACGGUGUCUAUUCUAUCAGAAUCGAGAAUAUUGGUGUCACAAGACCACCAAGUGACCAUGUUCAAAUCCAAGGUAUUGCUCAUCCUCAAGCAUUCAGAAAGGCCGUUUUGAUGCGCCUUUUAGCUUUGCGAAAUGAAGACUUUUCUAGGCAAACCCAAGACAGUGUUGCUGCUUCUACAAAUGUCCACUCAUAUCCUGCACCGGGGAUGUCUCCCUUAAGACCGCCUAUGCAUGACACUCUGUCUCAUGUUGGUGAGUUUGCAGUACUACAAAAGCUAGAUGAAGUUGCCACUUCUCUUAAGAGAGUCCAAUCACUGUUUGAGGAGCAUCAACCAAAAUCGUCUGUUUGUAUAGACUGAGAUUAACAAUGUUGUGAUUUCAUCCCGUAAAGGGGCCUAAUUUAUAUAUGAUGUUCUUGGAUUUCAUCUGGAAGUUUAGGGGUACACAUGGUUCUUCAAGUGACGCCAACCAGAUUGGUGAUAUGAAUAGAGAUGAUGGUGCCACCACUAAACCAACAAGUUUGGCUUGCCUUAUUGUCAUCAUAGUAUACAUUUGCCAACAGUCCCACACAUUCACUGUGAAUUGCUUAUUUUGCUGAUUUUGAAGUUAGGUUGUAGCACUAGCACCAUGACUUGUGCCAUUUAUAAAAUGUUUAUUGUACUGCAUAAACUUAUGUGAUGCGGGUUUGUUAAAACUUGCCAGUUUUAGUCACAUUUAAGUAA